AUGGACCUUUGGCUUAAGCCGGCUGAGGUAGCGCCUUUUGUCCCUCUUCCAACUGCACCCAGUUUGGACUCCGGCGGGGACUUCGGAUUCAACAAUGGGCUGCUAACCAUCCAACUUACUUUUGUAAAGAAUACACAGCUCCUCCAACCUGACGUCCCCCUUCUUUUCAUCCUCUACGGAAUUGGGCCUGAAGCUAGCAGUUGCAUGGGUCUUCCCUAUUAA